AUGCGGGUUGCCAUGGAGUCUCCGGGUAGCGCACCCAUGCUGGAGGACCUACUGCAGCCGGACGUGGUGAAGGUGGAGACCGUCCCAGAGAAGAAGGGAAUACUGUUCCUCAAACACGUGGAGUACAAGAUCAUCAGCCAGCACUUCAUCCUGCCGGUGUCCAGGCGGUACAGCGACUUUGACGUCUUCCACGUCCUACUGAUGCAGAGGUUCAUCUACAGGAUGGUGCCGUCCCUGCCCCCUAAACGCAUGCUCAAAGGAGUCUUACACCCCAAGUCCAAAGGGGAUUUUAUCGAGAGCCGUCGCCGCGAGUUACAGAGGUUCAUGACCCUGGUGCUUCGCCAUCCCAUAAUCUCAGGAGAUGAGCUGUUGAAAGUCUUCAUGACGGCCAGCAGCGCAGAUGUCCAGGUGAAGUUGCGAGAGACGUUCAAGAGGAUAGGGGACGAGUACAUCACCUGCCCCAUGUCCACCAUAGUCAAGCGUUUCAUGCCAGACGACAUCAAGACCCAGACGGAGGCCAACAGGGAGUUUAUCUGUAGAAUCCUGAGGAGCUUCCACAAGCUGCGCAACGUGACGGAGAGGAUGUCCCAACGCUCACGGGAGAACUCCUCAGACCUCAUCAUGUUCGGCAAGGACCUACGGGCUCUGGGUUUGGAGAAGGCCCACCCGCCACAGGUUGACGCGGCAGCGCCGUCAUGGAAACGGCAUCGCCAGUCCAUCCACGGCCUCUCGGAGGAGAUCCAGGUGCUAGCCGACAGAGCUGCUCUAAAGGAUGAAAAGGGGGAUGACGAGGUGGUGGAGAGGUUAAACAUGUUCCUGGACUUACUGCAGUCAUAUAAAGACCUGUGUGACCGUCACCAGAGCGGCGUGCUGCUUGAACACCAGAGGGCGCUCCAGAGGCGGCCAGAGCCCCUUGCUGAACUACUGGAACAACCAGAGUCACGCCUAUCACAGCAAGAGAACGCCAUAGUGACGAUGGAGUUGAGGAGCUACUUCUCCCUCUUCUGUCUGCACCAGGAGACCCAGCUGAUCUUCACACACCUGCCCCUCAGCACCAACAUACUGGGGGCCUUCAUACAGUCACAGAUACAGGGACACAAGGAGGUGAGAGAAUACACACACAUGUAG